AUAUAGGAAGGAGGUUUAGUCCGGAAGUAGACGCAAAAAAGGUAACUUGGACCUAUACUAAACUAGAAAAUGGGAAAAUAACGUUUGUAGAUGAAAAAUCUGUUGGAAAAUAUGAAAUUCCUGUAAAUGAAGGAAGCCAAAAUAAAGGUACAACAUCAACUACUACCAAAUCUCCUAAUACAGAAUUUUCUAACACAGAAUUGCCGGAUAAUUCAGAACCCACAAAAACGAGUAUAUUUAAAACACCCAUGUUCCGCGGUGCUACCUUAGCAGUAUUAUUAGUAGGAAUAGUUUUCGUUUUUUUAUUUAUUACAAGGUAUGUAAUAAUUAUAAAAUGUGUAAAUAUAU